ACUCUCAGACAGAUUGUGGUUUGUGAAUGAAAAUGGGGACGAGAUUCACAAAAUAAGGAUGUGACUUGAGUUUUAUUGAGAAGUAAGGCGAGUGUGUUGCUAGCACGAACUCAAAAGUGGAUGAGUUCACAAUUAGGUCCAAUAAAUGAAACCGAACUAUUCUUAAUAAUCUACUGUACUCACCAAACUAUGCAAUCUGAUUUAAAUUUUGAAGUGGUAAUCUCUAUUUUCCUAGCCUAGCUUUUACCUCCAAUAUUGGUACAAGCCCACAUCAGUUCCACCACCCAUUUUUACCCUAAAUUAGUGGAGUAACAAUUCUUAAGCAUUCCUCCAUAAUUAGCUAUUAUCUAAAAAAAGGACAAACUUCUAAACCUUCUAAUCACUAUAAAAGGUCGCCACCAUCCCACAUGUUAUCCUCAAGGCACAAAAUUAAAGACGAUAAAGAGAGUAAUUAAGAGAGAUAAUACGAAGAGGAAUUAAACAACAAUUCUUCUUCAUUAAUAUAUCUCUCUUUUUUUUGCUCUCUUCUUUAAUUUCAUCAUCAUAAUGGAGAUGAAGAAGGUUGCUUGCGCCGCCGUCGUGUUCGCUGCCGCCUCAAUGAGCGCAGCUUUGGCUCAGGACGUCGCCGCCGCCCCUGCCCCCGGCGUCGCCGCUUUUGGCCCCGCCGCUGCCGCCGGACCCACCGCCGCUGCUGGUGCACCGACGAGCGGUGCGGCCGGUGCCUUGCCGGCUCUUGGGUCUUUGGUGGGCGCCUCCAUCGUCUCCUUCGUUGCCUUCUACUUGCAAUAAAUUCAAUUAGCUCCCUUCUUUUGGUCACUUGUAAUUUUCUUUUAAUUGUUCGUGCAUGGUUAUGAUGAACACAUUUGACUAAUGAAAAUAUAUGCAUUCGGGUUUGGAGUUGCUAUUCUUGUGCUUUAAUUGUGUUUUUUUUUAUUUGAUUUGAUCUCAUUGGUGGAGGGUGUACGUCGAGAAUUAUUUCGAUUCAUGAUCUAAAAAUUCGAUAAGCUCGUAAAAUAUGAAAAUUAAAGAGGGGGGAAUUAAUCCCAAAAUUAAAGAUGGCAGCUGAAAAUUAAUUUGGGGAAUGGAAACUCUGAAUUUGACGGGAAAUUGAAGGGAGAAAAAAGACUUAGAAAUCUU